AUCAGUCUCCUGAGACAGUAUAAAUUAUACCGUUAUUAAUGAAUAGUUCUGAUGUUUUAAUGAAAGGAGGCAUGGCACACUCUGCUGCCAGAGGAUUUCUUGCGAGGUGAUUAAAGAGGCAGCAGCAGGACAGUGAGUGUGUUUCAUGUCAGCAGUCUGGACAUUCGGCUUUACGGCAUGAUUCCAUCAUCAGCCCUGGAGAAGGACAGCUACCCAUGGGAUGUUGGGCGACAAGGUUCACCCCGCACCUGAAAGCGCCGUCCAGAGCGUCCGUGUUCUUCACCAUGAUCAUCUUCAUCACCUGUGUGUUCUACUGCCUCACCGGAUACUGCGACUUCACACCGACUCCGCCGCGCGAGCGCGCACCAACUUUACCCGAACUUCGCAACGCGUCCGUGCAGCAGCGCGGCGCUCUGGGAACUCCGAGCCAGCUCUCUAACCUCUCUGUGUCCGACAGCUUCGGGACUAAAGAGUUCCCCCAGGCCAUCAUCAUCGGCGUGAAGAAGGGCGGCACGCGCGCGCUGCUCGAGUUCCUGCGCGUGCAUCCCGACGUCCGCGCCGUGGGCGCGGAGCCGCACUUCUUCGACAGGUUCUACGAUCAGGGACUCGAGUGGUACAGAAAUCUGAUGCCCCGCACUCUGGAGGGACAGAUCACGAUGGAGAAGACCCCCAGCUACUUUGUGACGCGAGAAGCCCCUGGUCGUAUCUUCACCAUGAGCCGUGACACUAAGCUGAUCGUGGUGGUGCGAGACCCGGUCACCCGGGCUGUUUCCGACUACACACAGACACAGUCCAAAAACCCAAGUCUUCCCUCCUUCCAGAACCUCGUCUUUAAAAACUCCAGCACAGGCCUGAUUGAUACCUCAUGGAGCGCCGUGCGCAUUGGAAUCUACUCCAAGCAUCUAGAGAACUGGCUCCAGUACUUUCCUCUUUCGAGCUUGCUGUUCGUUAGCGGGGAGAGGCUUGUAACGGACCCUGCAAGCGAGAUGGAGCGAGUGCAGGACUUUCUGGGAUUGAAGAGGCUAGUCACCAACAAGCACUUCUACUUCAACCAGACUAAAGGCUUCCCGUGUUUAAAGAAGCCCGAGGGGAGCAGCAGGCCAAGGUGUCUGGGCAAAUCAAAAGGCAGAGCUCAUCCCAACAUACCGUCUGAUGUGUUGUACAAGCUCAGGGACUUUUACAGACCGUUCAAUUUGAAGUUUUAUCAGAUGACAGGGCAGGAUUUUGGCUGGGAAUGAAAGCUAUCCACAGUGGUUAAGACUUUUUUGACACUGAUACUGGUGGGACUUUAAGCAAGCCUGCUAACUCUCAUGUUCUUCACAGGGUUGUACAGGAGCUGACUGUGAGCCCUGUCCCCCAGUGACUGAAAUGGUAAAAAGCCAACAAAUUUCCCUUGGGAAUGCUUAAUGUGUCAAUUCAAAAGAGCUGAGUGUAGCAAUCUCUUUCUUUUUAUUUGAUUCAGUGAUCAUAAUGUCAACACCAUGCCAAAAGCUAUUAAUUUUUCGAAUGUUUAUUAUGACUGUUAGGUUGUUAUUACCGUAUGAGCAGCCAAAACGGUUAUACUUAGAAUGCAGUUGACUUGUACUAGACACAGGAGACAAGAUGCAGGACUCUGCUUGUUCUUUUACGCUAAAUUUUUACGCUAUUAUUAUUAUUAUUAUUAUUAUUAUUGAUUUGCACCUCAUCAGCAAAUUACUGAACCAUUUUCUCCCACAAUUUCCUUCUGUUUCCAAUUUUUUUAUUGACAAAAGGGUGUAACCUAAACUCAUAUUCUUACAAGCACUAGUACAUCUUCUCUGGGCUUCAUAAACAUAAUCAGUCAGAUUGCAUUCCAAUUUGAGAAUAAAAUUUCAUUGUGUCCAAAGAUUACAGCACAUUUCAUGAUAAUUGGGGUGAUCCUUUCAGUAACUGGAGGAUUAUGUUCUGGAUAAUGCAGUUCCACAUCUUCAAGCACUACAACCUUGGGAUUAAAAUAUAAUUAAAUUGGUAUGAUUAUACUGUACUGUAUGUCAUAAGUCUAGGCAGAAGUGUAUGUUUUGGAAGAGGUGAGAGAGGAAAACAUGGUGGUGGUAGCAUUACUUUGAGAGUUACCUUUGGUCUCUUUGUUGUUUCUCAGACUAAUGCCCUGCUCACCUGGUCUCUUCGUGGCACAGUACUGUAUGAUUUAAUUUUACAUAAUGGACUGAAUGGUACUUUAUGGGAUGGUAAAGUUUGGGAUAUCUUUAACUCAAUCCUAAAUGUUUUCAGAUGUUUCCAGAUGUUUCAUGACUUGUUCUUGUAGUCUUC